UAUUUUAUGAUUAUUUUAGUGUUAAAUACAGUGCCAUGAAGUGUGUCUGUGAAACUGUGAAGAAUUGACACACGCUCCAUCAACAUAGUGUACCUACAAGCAGAAAAACAAACAAACAAACAAAAAUAUGUAUAUAACAGCUUAAUAGCUGAUACUGUGAUCUCUUAUCGUGAAUAGUAUAAUUUUUUUUUAUUACAUUAUAUGAAUCGUGUAUAGUUUUCUCUUUGUCUAUGCAAUAUUAAAACAAAAUGAGUUCACUCAACACCAGUGUGCGGCCCCAAAUGCCUUUAAGACAGAAGGAUUUUGAUCAGAUAUGGGGCGAUUUACAAGAAGGCAUCGAACAAGUUUACAAACGGCAACAUAUGGAAAAGAAAAGAUAUAUGGAUUUGUAUACUCACGUAUACAACUACUGCACAUCAGUCCAUCACCAGAGCGCUGCAAGCAGUGUCAGCGGGAGGGUUCCCAGUAACAAUGGAGGCAGGAAUACCUUCGGUGGAGGGGGUAAGAAACAGAGUGGUCACGUCCAGGGCGGAGCGCAGUUGGUCGGGCUCGAAUUGUAUAAGAGACUGAAGGAGUUUCUUAGGCUCUACCUCGUGAAUUUGCUUCAGAAUGGCGCAGAACUAAUGGGCGAGGACGUGUUAGCGUUUUACACGAAACAGUGGGAAGAGUAUCAGUUCUCUUCGCGUGUCUUGAACGGCGUCUGCGCAUACCUCAACAGACAUUGGGUUAAGCGUGAAUGUGAAGAAGGACGGAAGGUGGGUAUAUACGAAAUCUAUCAACUGGCGCUCGUCACUUGGCGUGACCAUCUGUUUCAACGAUUGAACAAGCAAGUAACCAACGCAGUGCUGAAAUUGAUCGAGCGGGAACGCAACGGCGAGACGAUUAACACAAGACUAGUCUCAGGCGUAAUCAACUGUUACGUGGCAUUGGGUCUAAAUGAAGAUGAAACCGCGGCUCGGGGCCAGAACCUGCUGGUCUACAAGGAUACCUUCGAGGCUGUCUUCCUAGAGGACACUGAACGCUUCUACACCAGGGAAAGUACUGAUUUCCUGAGAAAUAAUCCCGUCACAGAAUAUAUGAUCAAGGCGGAACAACGUUUGCAAGAGGAACAGCGACGCGUGCAAGUGUACCUGCAUGAGACCACGAUGGAAAGACUUGCCAAGACCUGCGACAGGGUCCUCAUUGAGAAGCACCUUGAGAUAUUCCAUGCUGAGUUUCAGAAACUGCUAGACGGUGAGAAGAACGGCGACUUAGGCCGUAUGUACGGUCUAGUGGCGCGCAUUCCGGACGGUCUAUGCGAGCUAAGGCGGUUACUGGAACACCAUAUACACGCGCAGGGACUGCAGGCGAUAGACAAGUGCGGGGAUGCCGCGCAUUCUGACCCGAAAGUGUACGUGUCGACAAUCCUGGAAGUGCACAAGAAGUACAACGCGUUGGUUUUGGUGGCCUUCAACAAUGACUCCGGCUUCGUGGCCGCUCUAGACAAAGCUUGUGGACGGUUUAUUAACAGUAACGCGGUAACCAAAGCGGCGAAUUCGUCAUCGAAGAGUCCAGAACUGCUCGCUAAAUAUUGUGAUCUUUUACUGAAGAAAUCCAGCAAGAAUCCCGAAGAGGCUGAACUAGAAGACACGCUUAACCAAGUGAUGGUCGUAUUUAAAUACAUCGAAGACAAGGACGUCUUCCAGAAAUUCUACAGUAAGAUGCUGGCCAAGCGACUCGUGCAACACAUGUCCGCCAGUGACGACGCUGAGGCGUCCAUGAUCUCAAAAUUAAAGCAGGCGUGCGGUUUCGAAUAUACAAGCAAACUACAAAGGAUGUUCCAGGACAUAGGCGUCUCGAAGGACUUGAACGAGAACUUCCGCAAGCACAUGUCGAACAGCUGCGAACAGCCGCUACACAUCGACUUCAGCAUCCAGGUCCUGUCCUCCGGCUCCUGGCCAUUCCAACAGUCUUCCUGCUUCCAGCUGCCCACUGAAUUGGAGCGGUCAGUGCACAGGUUUACGACGUUCUACUCAUCGCAGCAUUCAGGACGCAAACUGAACUGGCUGUACAACAUGAGCAAGGGAGAACUUGUCACUAACUGCUUUAAGAACAGAUACACACUGCAGGCGAGUACGUUCCAGAUGGCGGUACUACUGCAGUACAACGACAACACUGCCUGGACCGUCAGCCAGCUAGAACAACAUACUGGGAUCAAGGGGGACUUCCUCAUACAGGUGCUUCAAAUUCUCUUGAAAGCGAAACUGCUGAUCUGCCAGGACGAUGAGUCUGAACUCUCUGAAUCUUCCGUCGUCGAGCUCUUUGUAGGAUAUAAGAACAAAAAACUCCGCGUAAACAUAAACAUCCCGCUGAAGACAGAGCUGAAGGUGGAACAGGAGGCCACGCACAAACACAUCGAAGAGGACAGAAAGAUGCUUAUACAGGCGGCCAUAGUGAGGAUAAUGAAGACACGUAAAACGUUGAAACACCAGCACUUAGUGGUGGAAGUACUAAACCAGUUGUCCUCGCGCUUCAAGCCCAGAGUUCCAGUCAUCAAGAAAUGCAUCGACAUUCUUAUCGAGAAAGAGUACCUAGAACGCACAGAAGGAGAGAAGGACACAUAUAGCUACCUAGCAUGAUUGCGCCGCGAUAUAUGUAAUAAAUGAU